AUGGCUACCCCCGCCCCCGCUCAAAGGACCUUCACCAUCGGCACCCGCAAAUCUAAAUUGGCUCUGCUCCAGACAGACCUAGUUCUUGCGGCACUGAAGAAGGCAUUCCCCCAAUAUGAAUAUAAGGUUUUCUCCAAGGAGACCGCUGGUGACCUGAACACCACCAUCGCGCUGCGGGACUUCACCACCAAGAAUCUCUGGACCGAAGAAUUGGAGGAGUUAAUGAUCGGCGGGCAGGUUGAUCUUAUCGUGCACUCGCUGAAAGAUGUCCCCACUACUCUCCCCUCUUCCUGCAAGCUUGGCCCAAGCAUGCCCCGCGAAGACAGCAGGGAUGUCCUCGUGGUGAAACAAGGCCUGCCGUACAAGAGUCUGUCUGAGAUCCCCGCCGGAUCCGUGGUCGGAACCUCAUCCAUCCGCCGCACAGCCCAAUUGGCCCGGAAAUACCCUCACCUUAAGGUCCAGGAUGUCCGCGGCAACAUCGGCACCCGACUGUCAAAGCUGGAUGCUGAAGAUAGCCCUUACACUUGUGUCAUUCUGGCGGCUGCCGGUCUGCUGCGUCUUGAUUUGGCGGAUCGUAUCACCCAAUACCUGGAUUCCAAGAACAGUGGCAUGCUCUAUGCUGUCGGACAGGGUGCCCUUGGUAUCGAAAUCCGCAAGGAAGACACAACUUUGCAGAAAAUGUUGGACACGAUUGGUCAUCAGGAUACCACCUUCUCGGUGUUGGCUGAGCGAAGUCUCUUGCGGACUCUUGAGGGAGGUUGCAGUGCCCCACUCGGAGUUGAAACCGAAUGGGUUCAAACUGCGGAGGGAUCUAAGCAGUUGCGGAUGCGGUCGGUUGUUGUCAGUGUUGAUGGCAAGGAAUGCGCUCAGGUACAGUUGAAUGGCGAUGUCAACUCUGCUGAAAGUGCCGAGGCCUUUGGCAUCACUGUGGCCAAGGCUCUGGUUGCCGAUGGCGCCGGCGCAAUCCUCGAAGCUAUCCAGCAGAACAAGGCCAAGGAGAGCGUCUCUACUGCUGUCUAA